UGGUUGGAAUGACGUGAUUCACGCUUCAACCGUAUUGGUGGAAGUGCCAGGGGUCUCUUCUUAACUAAGUUUCCUUCACCGGACCUAAGAUCCUCUGCCUUAUAUUAGGUUCCUUAUUUAGAAAUACUUUCUUCGGGUCGAUCGCAUCUCACUGCACCAAUUCAAGACGAUGGCGACUUCAUUCAGUGAAAUCCCGGUCAUAGACCUCUCGCAAGCGAACCAUAACUCGACCACCAAACGCGAACUACUAAAUAAUCUCCGCUAUGCCCUUACAGAAGUUGGGUUUCUGUAUGUGUCAAAUCACAGUGUCCCAUCGGCAGUGGUUGACGAGUUAGUAAAUGCGCUGCCUGCGCUUUUUGAGCUAGAGGAUGAGGUUAAGAAAUCUGUCGCAUUGGAGAAUUCGCCACAUUUUCUUGGUUAUAGUGGUGUUGGCAGCGAGAAUACAGGCGGUAAGACGGACAGGAGAGAGCAGUUCGAGUUUGCGACAGAGUUGACGGCAAUUUGGCAACCCGGCCUUCCCCUAUAUGAGCGUCUACGAGGCCCUAACCAGUGGCCGGAAGGACACCCAAAGCUUCGCGCCGUCGUGGAGGCUUAUAUACAGGAGCUCACAAGACUUGGCGAACGUUUCCUAGACCUAGUUGCUCAGGCUCUUUCACUUCCUUCCGGUACUUUCCAGCCUUUUUUAUCAGACCAACAUCGUCUGAAGUUGGUGCACUAUCCAGCGCUCCCGAUUGAUGAUCCUACCAUCUCGCAACAGGGUGUUGGUCCGCAUAAAGACUCCUCGGGCUGGUGGACAUUCCUACUUCAAGCAUCGCCUCCCGAGGUCAAGGGUUUGCAAGUUCUCAACAAAGCAGGGGCAUGGGUGGACGUACCCGUAGUACCGGGCACUUUCGUAGUCAACAUCGGGCAGGCCUUCGAAGUCGUUACGAAUGGCGUAUGUAAAGCGACGACGCACCGAGUCCUCUCGGGUCCGCAUGAGCGAUACAGCGUGCCAUUCUUCCAGGGCGUCCGUCGAAAUCUCACCAAAGCCGAGGCCAUCGGGUCUUUACAAUCGCACUUCAGCACGCUUAAUAUCAGCAAGGAGUCCGAUGAAGGUCAUGCGGUCGACUCGGCUUUCCUUAAGGGUAGGUAUGAUACCUGGGGAGAGUCGCAGCUACGAACCAAAGUGCGCAGCCAUCGCGAAAACGGCAAGAAGUUCUAUCCUGAGGUCUUCGAUCAAUACAUUCACGACGAUGCUUGAAAAGACGGAUUGGAAGUGCUCCGACCUCAAGGUCUUGGCAGGGGUAAACAAGCGAGA